GACAAAACAAGAUUUCACACAGCAAAAUUGUCACGGUUUUUCGUCAGUGGGAAGUGUGGAAGCUGCUUGCUGCGUUUUUCGGGCAUCCUUUUCUUUUCCAGUAAAUAAAUUUUCACCCUAUUCAGUUGUGAAAUCGAAAGACGAGCGAAACUGAGUUCGUGUUUAGGAGAAUGGCCACUCAAACGCAAGGUAUUCAGCAGCUUUUAGCGGCAGAGAAGAAGGCCGCAGACAAGGUUGCGGAAGCUCGAAAGCGCAAAGCACGUCGUCUAAAGCAGGCCAAGGAAGAGGCACAAGCUGAAAUCGAAAAGUAUCGCGAAGAACGUGAACGAGCAUUCAAGGAGUAUGAAAGCCAGCAUCUGGGAUCCCGUGAUGAUAUUGCUGCCAAAAUUGAUGUGGAAACGACCAAACGAAUUAGCGCGAUGAAUCAGAGAGUGGACCAGAAUCGCGAGCAAGUCAUCCAGGCUCUGCUGGAUAUGGUGUACCAUGUGGAACCUCAUCUGCACCAAAAUUAUCGCGGAUAGAUCUGAUGUGUUUCUGCCGUAUUCCAAGCGUAGUCUUCUCUUCGGCAGUGCAAUAUAUUGAUCAUCGCUGUGGCAUUCCGGUAUAACUCAGUAAGAAAUUAUGACGAUAUGCGUGGUGCUUUGAAUUUGUGCUAAGUUGACGUGCAAUGUGAUGCUCAUAGUUAACUUAUAAAUUAACUGGCAGUUUUGAUUUCCAUUAUUUCAAUUAUUUCUCUUUACUGUGUUAGUUGUUACCUCAUACUUAUGUUUUAUCCUUUGUGUUUUUGGGCAGCUUUUGUCUGUUCGUAAGAAUGACUGUGUUACCAACUUUCCGAAAGUCAUGUGACACAAGAUGUUUCAGGGCGUUUAAUUAAAGUCGGCAAAGUUA